UAAAGAUCAAUCGUCAAAUUAAUCAAACGUCUAAUUCACGUGCUUGUCGUAAAAAAAUUUCUUUCUGAAAAAUGUCGGUCGAUUUAAUUUCGACUCCAAAUCCUCAUUUAAUACCGGGGUACACCGGUUUUUGCCCGCAAUAUAAGUUCCGGAUUGGGAGCACAUAUGGAUCUACAACUCAUAAAUUAUUGUUAGAUCCGACGGUGAGUCAUGCUGAAAAAUUGGUUUUAUCAGAUCGAACUUUGGAUGAUUAUCAAGUUGAGCGUCCUGCCCAAAGGGAUAUCGAUAUAGUAAACGCUAGAUUUCGCCAAGGGGACGUUUGUUAUAAGCAUCCUACAAUUCCCGGAUACGAAGGAUUUGUUCCAAGAUUAAAUGGAUUGUUUGGACAAAGAUAUUCAGUGCAGGCCACUGAAGGUCUUUCAGAAUUUCAACAAAUGCAGGAUCGGGAUAAAGCGGCUUUAAAUCAAUUGCUUAGACAAGGCGCCUUGCAGGACGGUAAAUGGGAUCCAAAAAAUUUGGAAGACCGAGAAAUUGUGAAAAGCGAAUUUAAGCUGCCUUUGUUGGCUGUUAGACCGGAAUGUGCGGAAAUCUUAAGAAAUUUGCCGGUAGAAGAACCACCGUUAACGCCACCGGAUCAAUCUGCAAGCCCAUAUUUUAUGGAUAACAGCGAUCAAAAUAAGUACUUAAAACAAGGAUUUGCCGGACAUGUACCCUUUGGUUACGCAUCCUUUGGAAAAACGAGUCAAGCGAUGACAAAUAGUUCUUUAUGCGACUUUACUUCAAAUUAUCGGAAAAGAUUAAGUACCGAAUGGGCUCCGGUCUCUCUAAAUAAACCGGAUCCACCUCUUUUACUAUCGCCAGCGGAAAUUUACCACAAGCACGUUGGACUACUUCCAAAUUACGCCGGACAUAUUCCAGGCCAAAUUUUCAGAUAUGGAAAAACUUACGGAAACGAUACAAGGGAUGCCAAACGAUGGCUAAGAGGCGAUUUUAGCACGUGAAUUUACCGUUUAUUGUAUAUAUUAAAGGAAUUUAAAAUAAAAUUUUAGUGCAAAAA